AUGAGUCCUCGUUUCUUCUUAUCAGUAUCAGAUUUCAUCUUGGCGAGGGGCCUGAUUGACGAGACCCGUGAGACUUCUGAGAUUGCUCCAUGUUCCCUGUGUGGCUGUGUGAGGAUACAGAGAUUAAUGGCUGCGAUAGGGGUUAGCAAAGCUCCUUAUUUCUUCUCUACCAGGUGUUGUGUUUGCCUGAGAGUGAGAGUUAGCAGAGGUAGGAACCGCUGUGAAGCUUUCCGCUCCAAAACCCCAACUGGUGGUGCCGCCUUCAGCCGCUUGCUUGUUCUGGUGCCCAUUGUUUCUUGUUCUAAAAGAUUUGGAUUUGUUUCUUGUUCUGGUGCCUUCAGCCGCUUGCUUGUUCAAGACAUCGUUCAAAAGUUCCCACUAGACAUUAAGAGUCUUGACAAAAGUUGUUUAGGUCCUUUGAGGAAAGCUUAUUGCAGCUCUCUUAAUCUACUUUUAAGGCAUGAGGCACGUGAAUUUGCUAAUGAGCUUAGAGCAUUUACAAAAGCAUCAAGAAAUCCAACUGUUUUGCUCGAAGGUUCAACUGGUUCAAAUCAAAAUUUAAACAAUGCAGAUACUUACACUGCUCUGAAUAAUAUGCCAAAAUGCUCACCAUAUUUAUCCCACUUCUUCUUGAUGAGUCCAGUAGGACUCAUCACAUGCAUGACCCAAGGAACUACUAGUCUUCUUAGUAAUAUAGUUUAUGCCAUAAGUGAUGCUGCCACCCAAGAUCCACCAGGAGCAGGAAAAACACAAACAAUUCUUGGGCUUCUUAGUGCCAUAUUACAAACCAGCUGA